AAUGUGUAUUUGACGGGCGUUGGAGGUAUAAUACGCGAGAAUAUAGUGGGCCUCAGGAUCUCAUUCAUUAUUAACGCCACGUAUGAGGCGCCCAACGUAAACAUUAAAGACCUCGAAUGCAUUAGAGUUCCCAUCGACGAUACGGUCGAUGACGACAUUUCUCUCUAUUUGGAAGAAGUGGCGGACAAACUGAAUGAAGUGGUGUCUAAGAAUCGGAGAGCUAUAGUCCAUUGUGUGGCCGGAAUCAGUCGCUCCUCUUCUCUGGUUUUGGCCCUU